AUGGACCUAGAGAUGGACCCAGAGCGGAGGUCCCAGGGAUGGACUCUGCACCACGGGCUCCUUGGCAUGGGCCCCAUGGUGUGGUAUGGGUUCGAGCGGCCCGAAGACUUCGACUACGCCGCCCACGAAGAGUUCCUCUCCGCCUACCUGGCGGUGCUCACCAGGAGAGCCCUGAAGUGGUCCCGGCUGCUGCAGGGGGACAGCGGCCUAAGCAGGACCUCGACAGUGAAGCGCUAUGUCCGGAAAGGGGUCCCGCUGGAGCACCGGGCCCGCGUGUGGCUGGCCGUGAGCGGAGCGCAGGCCCAGAUGGAGCAGAACCCUGGCUACUACCAGCAGCUGCUUCAGGGAGAAGGAAAGCCCGAGCUGGAGGAAGCCAUCAGGACAGACCUGAACCGCACCUUCCCGGACAACGUGAGGUUCCGAAAGACGGCGCAGCCCUGCUUGCAGAAGGCCCUGUACAAUGUGCUACUGGCCUACGGCCUCCACAACCCAGGUGUGGGCUACUGCCAGGGAAUGAAUUUCGUAGCGGGAUAUCUCAUUCUUAUCACAAAGAAUGAAGAAGAAUCUUUUUGGCUCUUAGAUGCUCUUAUUGGACGGAUCCUGCCCGAUUACUACAGCCCGGCCAUGCUGGGCCUGAAGACGGACCAGGAAGUCCUGGCAGAGCUGGUGAGGAUGAAGCUGCCGGCGGUGGCGGCCCUGCUGGAUGGGCACGGCGUGCUGUGGACCCUGGUGGUGUCCCGCUGGUUCAUCUGCCUGUUCGUGGACAUCCUGCCCGUGGAGACUGUGCUUCGGAUCUGGGACUGUUUGUUCAAUGAAGGCUCCAAAAUCAUCUUCCGGGUGGCCCUGACCCUGCUUAAGCAACACCAGGCAUUCAUUUUGGAAGCCACCAGUGUGCCAGACAUUUGUGACAAGUUCAAGCAGAUCACCCGAGGGGCCUUCGUGGAGCAGUGCCACACGUUCAUGCAGAAAAUAUUUUCACAACCUGGGAGCCUGUCCAUGACAACCAUCACCAGGCUCCGAGAGAGCUGCCAGGCAGCACUGCUGGCACAGAGGUGACCACAUCCCCCACAUCCCCACAGCAUCCCACAUUCCUGGCACUGGGAAGAGUCUUGGCGGAAGGCUAAGGCCUAAGCAGCCUGCACUGCCUCCGUCAGUGCCGUAAAUACUGAAGUCACCACACUUUUGUGGUGAGUUUUUUAAAAAAGUGAUUAUUUAAAAAUUGCGUCAUUCUAUAGACUUUCCAUUAUGACCUGUGAUGUCAUAGAUUUCAGGAAAUUAUUUUAGACAUCAGUAA